AUGCCCGUAUUGAUCAAGAAGCCAUUGGGAGGUGGGACUACCACCAAUACUACUCCUAAUGAAGAUCCGUCGCCUCCCCGGAAAGGACCUGUCUCGUUUGCCGCGGCGGCGAGAGCGGGAAGCUCUGCCCCUGUGCGGUAUCCAGUAGGUUCCCAAGCUCCCCACCGGCAACCUGGCAGUCAGGCGCCCAGUGGGAUCGAUGGUCUUCGUGAGCGUCUUGGCGACAUGUCGAUAGGUCGUAUCGUCACUUACGAACCCACCACGGCGCCGACGCCGAGAAUGAAUCAAAGCCGUCCCACUACCAAUUAUCCCCACAGUCAAGCCGCCAGUGUCAAGACCACUGGCACACGCCGCACUACACGCGGCUGUCCACCCAUGAACGGUAGAAAUGGCAAAGAUUGGAUCAAUACCCCUGAAUGCAUCAAAGCCCCUUACGGAGCUCACGACUUCAACAAGGGAGAUGUUAUCUCGGUACCCUUUCACGUCAACAAUAUGAAUCCAGAUGCCAAGUUCAGCGACCCUAGCCUCAGGGAAACGGGCGAAGGCCCUGUAUAUACAAAAAGACGCAUGCUCGUGGUUCUCUUCAAAUACAAAGAGGGCAUGCAUUGCCUUCCUCUGUACUCGUUUGGAAGCAGAGGGAUGAAGGCCAAAUUAACCCCAUUUGACACCAGAGACCACUAUGUCUGUCUCAGGGACAUCAAACAUAGUGACUUUGUGAAUGAGGGCUCAAAUGCGCCUGUCGACUUUGUGCAUUCGAAUCCAUACGAUCAGUUGAGCCGCGAAACCACCAUACACCUGGCAGGUGGUAUAAGGGUACAUUGGGAAGAAUACAUUGGUGUCGUCGGUCGGUUGACAAAGGAAGGUUACCUUCGACUGCUCAAGCAUUGGAAGGUUCUACAGCAGGUUGCGGAGAGCGAACCUGCUGGAGGUACCUGGCCAACAGUCCCUGUUCGAUAG